CGACCUCGCCCGAGUCUUCUUCCGUCGCUCUGCCGGGCUCGAGGGAGCUAACGGUUAUGGGGAUUUAGAACUUCUCCCCUGAGGAGGGCGGCAUGGUCGCCGGUGUCACCCUCUCCUUCGCCCAGGGGCUUCAACCUUUAGCUGCCGCCCUCAGGGAGUGACGGGCAGGGCCAUCUGUCAGCCGUUCUCCCCAGGGCGCCCUGCCUGCGAGCCUGUGUCACCAAGCGAUAGGGUGAGGCGAGGCCUUGCUAAUGUGUGUGGGCUUUUUCGUUGUUCUUUCCUACGGCUGGAUUCCUCGAGCGUAAAAACAAACAAACAAAGAUCUGUCAGGUUCGCCCUCGUCCCACAGUGGAUGCCCAGGCCUUUCAGGGGGCCGUGAAUUUUGGUAACGAAAAAGGUAAAAUUUAUGAAGAUAACAAAUCAUACAAUCACUCCUGCUUCAUCACGAAAGUAAGGCAAGAAGGUUCUUCUUCCUUAAACUCUCCAUCAAAAUAUCUAACCCAAUCCUAAAUCCUAAUAGCCCUGCCUUACAUCCUAUUGCUGAGAUGCCAUGUGAUUCACUGUGAUGUGUGUUCUCCAUUUCUCCAAUGAGUGAUAAUCACAGCCUGUUGAGCUUGCAGGAAUUCUUGGUGAUUUUUGGCAAAAUCGUGUUAGCAAUUCUUUCUGUGUUAUCUGUACCAUCUAUUUCUAUGGAGUGGAAAACAUGCUGUUAGGUAGAAGAUAGACAUGAGUAGUGGAGCUAGGAAGAGUUGUCCUAGAAAACAGCCCACAUCAUCUUCCUGUUUGUACAACCUAAUAAUUUCAAACUACAAGCUCCAUAUCCAUCACCCAGCAGACGGCCUACACUGCUAUGUAUGAGCAAGUAUCUCCAUGCAACAACUGAUAGCUGUUCUCAACUGUAUACAACUCAUCCUAAACAUAUCCUGUUCUCUGCACAUCCAGUGUGAGGUUCCCCCAUAUAAGUAAGGUACCAUGUCUGAGUUCAAAUGCCACCAUUGUGAGGAGUCCUUGCAAGGUAAAAAGUAUGUGCAGAAGGAUGGAGCCAACUACUGCGUGGUAUGCUUUGAUACACAUUGUGCCAAUAUCUGUCAGGAAUGCCACAAGCCCAUAGGUGCAGAUUCUAAGGAGGUGUGUUAUAAGGAGCAAUUCUGGCACAACACCUGCUUCCGGUGUUCCAAGUGCUCUCAAUCUUUGGCUACUGAGACCUUUGUUGCCUGGGACAACAAGAUCCUGUGCAACAAGUGUGCCGCUCGAGAGACCUUCCCCAAAUGCAAAGGGUGUCUCCAGGAUAUUGUGGAAGGAGACCAAAAUGUGGAAUACAAAGGUACCAUCUGGCAUAAAAACUGCUUUGUCUGCACCAACUGCAAGGAAGUCAUUGGAACCAAAAAUUUCUUCCCUAAAGAUGAGGGAUUCUACUGUGUGACUUGCUAUGACACCUUGUUUACCAAGUACUGUAUGAAAUGCAACAAGCCCAUCACAUCUGGAGGAGUCAGUUACCAGGAUCAGCCCUGGCAUAAUGAGUGCUUUGUAUGUGUUUCCUGCUCUAAGGAGCUGAGUGGACAGCGUUUCACUGCUAUGGAUGACCAGUAUUUUUGCGUUGAUUGCUACAAGAACUAUAUAGCCAAGAAGUGUGCUGGGUGCAAGAACCCCAUCACUGGGUUUGGUAAAGGCGCCAAUGUGGUGGCCCAUGAAAAGAAUUCCUGGCAUGACUACUGCUUCAACUGCAAAACCUGUUCUGUAAAUCUAGCCAAUAAGCACUUUGUGUUUCAUGAGGAGCAGGUGUACUGUCCUGACUGUGCCAAAAAGCUGUAACUUGACAAGGGCUCCUAUCUUGUAAAAUGGCAUUUGAACCA